CAGCAACGAAAGAAGCGAAACAACAACGAUUGGCUUCGAGAGGCACAUGGUCGAGAUGACGGUGCAGCGGUGCUUCGACACGGCCCUGAUCCCCAUCUGGGACAUGGUCAACCACGACAACGGCAGGAUCAACACGGAGAACGACACGAUGCACGCCCCCGGCGGCCUGGCGGUCCGGGCGGCCMRGGGCCUAGCCGGCGGCGAGGAGCUCUUUGCCACCUACGACGGCUGCGUCGACUGCUUCGGCRUCGACGAGUACUGGGGGACGCCGGAAAUCCUCAAGGACUUUGGCUUUGUCGAGAACUACCCCCACCGGUGGGUCUUUGUCGACCAAGACAUCUGGUUCGAAAUCUGGGAGGCGGAAGAGGGCAAGGUGGUCUACUACGGCGAGGAGGAGAGCSACGACGAGGUCCUGCCGUACGGGCAGGAACAGAUGGACUUUCUCGAGAACGAGAGGAUGCGGCUAGAGGCCGCUCGCAAAACCCUGCUGCAGACCCAGGGGGCCGUUCCGGACCACGAGUGGGAGGUCGUCCUCCGGUACCACGCGGCGGCUUCCGAGGACCUUCGCAYGGUCCUGCUGUCUCAGAAAAACAAAUACGAGAGGUGGGGUUUGGCAAGAGAGCUCUAGGCAUUCGAUAAAAAAAUACUAGGAUCCAC